AUGGCGCCGCCAGAUGACUUCUCCUCCUAUUCCUCGGAGGACUACACCGCAGAGCUAAUGGAAGGUGCCGCCUUCAGACCUGAACCGGACCGCAACAAAAAGCCAACCGGGGACCCGGUCACCGCGGACCAAAUAAAAAUAAUGCUGGCGGAGCUACGCAAGGACCUGGCGGCGGACAUGGCCUACUUUAAAGAGGCCAUAGAAGGAGCCGCGGCUAAAAUUGCCCAACUUGAAGCCCGCUCAAAAAGUGGAAGUGAAACUGUAAGCGAAUUACAAAUGCUUUCUGAAACAAUAGAUAAGGAAGGAUGUAAACAGCUGAAAAAAUUGCUUUUACAAAUAAAUGUUAAAGAACUGAUGGUGCACAAUCAUUUAAUACCAGAAAGAAUGAACCAGGGAGUAGGAAUGCAGAUUAGCAUGGAAAAUGUUUAUGGAAACGUGGAGCGAUUUGAAAAUGAGGGUGAUUACAGAAAUUGCAGAGUCCUUCAAACAGAUAAAGAAGCAGUAGGAAAAUGUAUUGCUACAGUUGGAGAGAAUAAUUCUACACCUGGAAGAGUUACUGUGAUCUUAAUGGUUCUACUACUAAUAAUGUUCCUGUUCUUGAUAGCUCUGACAAGCCUUGUGUUCAUGUUCUACUAUAAUGCAUCUGGAGAAAUAAAAAAAAGUGUAUCUGAAAGAAUGCAGCAACACUUUAAUGUAUCUGAAGAAAUAUCAGUUCUUAAAAAAAGCCUCUUUGAAAGAAUGCAGCAAGACUUUAAUGUAUCUGAAGAAAUAUCAGUUCUUAAAAAAAGCCUCUUUGAAAGAAUGCAGCAAGAAAUAGCUCAAAACAACAUUUUGUCAGAAGUUCAAUCUAUCAAAGAAACGUUAGACAAACUCUGCAAAACCUGCCCUAGUGGUUGGCGUGCUACUGGCUCCUCUUGUUAUUAUUUAUCAAGCAGCACAUUGUCGUGGGACAAGGCUCGUGAUGAGUGCUAUAAAUUUAAUUCUGCACUGAUAACCUUCUCCAGCAAGAAUGAUAUGGAUACUUAUAAUAAAUUGUUUACUGACAGCACAAAGUACUGGAUGGGACUAAGGAGGGAUGCAACAAACAUCAAUAUGUGGAAGUGGCUGGAUGGGACAGAACUAACAUUCACUAAUUGGGAUAAAGGAGAGCCUAACAACUCAGAAAAAAAGGAACAUUGUGGAGAAAUCCUGUCAGGAUCCUGGAAUGACCGUAACUGUGAUGCCAGUGUGAACUUCAUCUGCAGGAAAGUGAUUUGCUGAGUUAAUGUAUUUAAUGCAAUGCAAAUGUGUAUAAUAUACAUCCUUAUAAGAAAAAAAUAUUUUAGUAAAAAUGGAUAUAACUAUAUUUUUCAUUUUUUUUUUCAAUUAAACUGUACUAUAUGUAAUGCUUUUUGUCUAAGAACGUGGACAAAAUACACUGUGAGAUCUUGCUGUCCUUUUACCCAGCUAUUUUUUAGACCCAUUAAUUUUCAUUUUUGUAAAGACUUCUUGAUCAGUGCUUCUAUCCUUUUUUUAUUUUAUUUUGUCAUCUCCCAUUUUUAAGUUUUCUUUUACCUUAUGUUUGUUUUUACCACCAUUUAUUCUAUACAUUUAUUUGCUAGAGGAUUUUUUCUUCCUCAACAUCCCCUUGUGGUUUAAAUUUCUUUUUUAAUUCUCAUUUGGGAUUAUGGUGUGUAAAAGGGAGCUCUGACGAAUUUUACACUCAGUAUGCAUACUUACCAAGUGUCCCAGGUACAGCGGGACUCUUUGAAAUUCAAAGUCCU